CCGCAUUUCUACGCCCUUCCUCACGAGUUCUCGAGUACCUGAUCCGAAAGGGCCGCAUACCGUCCGCGAGCAUGGCGUUGGUGGAAGUGCAAGAAACGCGCGAAGCCGAAAUUUUCGAACCGCCUCCCAAAGUCGCUGUGACGCCCUGCGACCCGUGGCCGCGUCCGUACUAUUUCGAAGACAACCUCCGCAGGGUCGCGCCGUACCACUUCACGUACAACACGUACUGCAAAGAGCGAUGGCGCGGUCGAGGACUGUUGGAGAUUUUCACAGACGAAUUCCGUGACCGACCCGUCGAAUACUAUAAAGGGGCGAUUGAGGCUGGCGCAGUGCAGAUCAACGGUAAGACUGUGCCGUCUAUCGAGACGAUUGUCAAGAACGGCGAUGUGAUAAGCCAUACAAUGCAUAGGCAUGAGCCUCCCGUGACAGCACAGCCGGUCGGUGUGGUCCACGAAGAUGAGGAUGUAAUCAUCAUCAACAAACCUGCUGGUGUGCCUGUUCAUCCCGCGGGUCGAUAUAACUAUAACUCAGUCAUUGAAAUAAUGCGAUCGGAGCGUGGACACGGCUUUGAUCCACUCCCUUGUAAUCGACUGGAUCGCCUCACGAGCGGUGUCAUGUUUAUUGCAAAGCACAAGAAAGCUGCAGGAGAAAUCACCGAACAGCUCAUGGGCAGGACGAUCAAGAAAGAAUACGUCGCCCGAGUCAAAGGCAAGUUCCCAGAAGGCGAUGUGGUGUGUGACCAGCCCAUCUUGCAAAUCUCGCCCAAACUCGGCUUGAACAGAGUUCGCGCAAACGGAAAGGAAGCAAGAACUGUUUUCAAACGAUUGGCUUAUUACCCGCCGCGACAACCGGGUCUAGAUGCCUAUGGGUCGGUCAAGGAGGGUUACAGCAUCGUACGGGCUCGACCUUUGACGGGACGCACACACCAGCUGCGUGUACAUUUGCAAUUUCUGGGACAUCCCAUCACAAACGAUCCCAUCUACAGCAAUCAGCGAGUGUUUGGUCAAGAUCUGGGAAAAGACGCCAGCUCUGGUGCCGACGACGAAGAUGUCAUUACCCGUCUCUCUCGAAUGGGCAAAUCAGAAGUCGCCGAAGCGGUGGCAUAUCACGACGAAAUGGUCGACGACUAUAAUCGAAAGAAGGCGGAAAAGAUGACGGGCGAGUUGUGUGAAAUCUGCCAGACUCCCUUGUACAGUGAUCCGGGCCCGCACGAGUUGGGAAUCUAUCUUCACGCGAGAAAGUAUAAUUGUGCUGAAGGGAAAUGGAGCUAUGAGACGGAACUUCCGGACUGGGCUUUGCCGCCGCCUGGAUAUGAGGGCCCGAAGGAGGCGACGGAGGAGAGUGAUCCUUUGGCUGUGGAUAUGGAGAAGUUGCAGCUGAAUGUUGGUGUGGAAGACGCUGGUUCGCAGGAGACGGAGCCCGCAGAAUCGAAGUGAACUGGAGCUGAGCCUACCUUAGUCUUGGGUCUAAUGUCUCAUGGUUUAGGCCAAGAAAUGUGAAACGAAAAU